ACGAAGGACCGUUACUACAAAAUAAUUCUUAAGGGACCAAAAACGUAAUUUUGACAGUAGUUUAAGGACAACUGUUGUAAUUUACUCACUUUAAUGACGUGAAAUCUUGAAUAUAGGUAAUGACAGGUCAGAUCCGAUGUGAUCUGAUCCUCCAGUCAACCUUCGUGAACCUGAACACGAUCAUCUGCAGACUGCCGGUGAGUUCUUCCGCCUCCAGUUGCAAAGCACAUAUCGUGUCUAUUUAUCUGUUUCCAUCGACGCUGAUUGUAUCUAAUCCUACACCAAUAUCGUGCAAUUAUAGCAUUAAGUUUUGAUAAGGAUUUUUGUUUGAAGAGAGAAACAAUUUUAUCAUGAAGACAUGGCCAUUAGUUUUCGUGACAUUUGAUUAUACAAUCAAAAAAUGGAUUUGCUAUAAGUAGUUUUUGAGAAAAUUGUUCUUUCACAUGCCAUGACAACCACUCAGAUCAAUCAACCCGGAAUGCUUGUUUGGUAGACCUAUGCUACUGUUGGUAUAUUUGACAGAAUCUGAUAUACUUAUUAAAUCGGGAGACCACCAUGGAAGAGGCUCUUCUUCUUUCCUUAAAGCGAUUACUCAUCCCCAUCAGUUGCACAAAUAUGUUAUCUGCGGGAUCUCUGGUAGCUCUAGAUCGCCAACAAGCUAUACGUUCAUCUCUUGUAAUUCUCUUGAAUCAACUCAGAAAGAUGAUGCUAGGGUACGAAAAUGAGGAAGUGCAAGGUCUACUUGAUGUAAUCGAACUGCUGGUGGAUCGCAAACUUGUUGCGCCUCAGUUUGGAAAAUCAUUCAGUGACGGGAUAUUAGAGGCUUGUGAAAAACUCUGUAACAUCAGAUUCAGCUCAAUCAUAGGGGCAGAAGAAAAUGUUGUGGGUUUCGAUGAUGAAGUAGCAACACUGCUUGAUCAACUUACUAGCACUUCUACAAAGCAGCUGCAGGUUAUCUCAAUUGCAGGAAUGGCUGGGCUUGGUAAGACCACUUUGGCUAGAAAACUAUACAAAGAUCCGUUAAUUGAGUAUGUCUUUGACAUUCGAGCAUGGAUUUGUGUUUCUCAAGUAUAUCUGAAGAGGGAUUUAUUACUCGGCAUGUUAAGCUCUUUUAUUAAUGAUCAUACAGAAGAGAUUUAUAAAAUGAGCGACGAACAGUUGGGAGAAAAGCUAUACAGACAUUUAAAAGACCGUCGAUAUUUGGUGGUCUUGGAUGAUAUAUGGGAUUGUAACGCCUGGAAUGAUCUCAGAAUGUAUUUUCCAGAUGACAAAACCGGAAGCCGGGUUCUAUUUACCAGCCGUGACAUAGACCUGAGUUUACAUGUCAGAGCUGCCAGACCUGCCCAUGUUUUGCGACUUCGUACUUAUGAUGAAAGUUGGCAAAUACUUCAGGUAAAGGUAUUUAGAACCGGAAUAUGCCCUUCUCGGUUGGAGACAUUUGGAAGGGUGAUAACAAGAAAAUGUGAAGGCUUGCCUCUUGCAAUCAUUAUAACUGCUGGUCUUUUGAAAAAUGAAGCAUCAGAUACUUGGUGGAGCCAAAUUGCUGGGAGUCUACAUUCAUUUAUGGUUCGUGAUCCAAGCCAAUACAUGGAGUCACUGACUUUAAGCUACAACCAUUUGCCUCCUCUCUUAAGACAGUGUUUUGUCUUUGUUGGAGUAUUUCCUGAAGACGAUGAUAUCCCAGUGACAAAGCUGAUCUGGCUAUGGGUUGCUCAAGGAUUCAUAGAUGAAACUGGAUGCAGAAUCUUGGAGGAUGUUGCACAAGAUCUGUUGAUGGAUUUAAUCAAGAGAAGUCUGCUGAUGAUUGCCAAAACGAGGGCUGAUGGCCAAAUCAAAGCAUGUCGCAUCCAUGACUUGUUACGGGAUUUAUGCUUGAGAAAAGCUAAGGAAGAGAAUAUUUCUCCUCAAAUUUACAAGGAUGCCCCUGUUCCUGCUAUGACAUCUCCAAGUAUCAUCACAAAUACGCUACAUGGAACGUCACUAGAUCCUCCUGCAUUACUCACCCACUCUGGUUUUUACUAUCCAUUUGAGUUGGGCGAAGUUCUUCUAAAGGGUGGAUCAAUUAUUUGGGAAACAUACAAAUCACUUAGGAUUAUAGAUAUGGAGACUGUCCCCAUCUCUUUAUUUCCUGCUGAUGUAAUACAACUUGGUAACUUGAGAUACUUGGCCAUUCAAGCUCGUGAUGGAAAUCCCCAAGCAUCAAUAUCAAACCUUGUCAACCUACAAAUGCUGAUAAUAUCAUCCAGGAAGAAUAUUGUUGUACCAAAAACCUUAUGGAGCAUGGUCAAUCUAAGGCACGUAUUUAUCAAAUCAGGGGAAAAUCUAAUGGAGGAGCCUUGUUUUGUACAAGAGACAGAGAAGGAUGGUUGUCCCAGUGAGUUGGCUAGCCUGCAAACGUUGUCCCAAAUAAGCCCUCAAUCUUGCCACAAUAUAUUUUCAAGGACUCCCAAUCUGAGAAAGCUUGGGUUUUGUGGACCCUUAAUCUCAAGCCAAGGUAACAUGGAAUUUCCAAACAUACGCUCUUUGGUGCACCUUCAAAAAUUAAAGUUACUAAAUACAAAUCCUUGCCGUGAACCAACGAGGUUGCUGAAUACUAUGAUGUUCCCUGAAAAGCUGAAGAAACUGACCUUGUCUACUACUGGCAUGGAUUGGGAAGAGAUGUGGACCAUCUCCUUGCUACCAAACCUGGAGGUUCUAAAACUAAAAUUUCAUGCAUGCGUUGGUGAAAUGUGGGAGAUGAGUGACACAGAGAUUCAGCGACUCAAGAUAUUGAAGCUACAUGGCUUGGACCUAAGACAAUGGGUAUGUUCGAAGGAUAACUUCCCUGGUCUACAAAGUUUAGUGGUUCAUGAUUGCUUAAAACUUGAGAGUAUCCCAUCAAAUAUCGGGAAGAUUUUGACCCUUAAUUUGAUUGAGGUACGAGGGUGCAAUAGCUCUGCAUGGGUCUCAGCACAAGAUAUCCAGAAAGAGCAAGAGAGCGAAGGGAACCAUUUUUUGAAAGUCCAAGGAACCAACAAUCUUGGUAGUGUUCAGGGUUAGGAUUUGGUAGCUAAACUAUGACUAAUGACUCUAUGCUUUGUAUAAGGAAUUAUGUAUUGCCAUUGUACUUAUAAACUUUGAUACACUUGGAUAUUUUGUAAUACAAAAGAAAUGAAAUAAAGU